GGGCAUCACUCACUAGUGAUCUGCUAUAUAUUUUUGGUUCUCAUCUCUCUCUCUCUCUCUCCCCAUAUCUAUCUAACUAUCUUUUGCAGCGAUGAGAAAACCUUGUUGUGAUAAAAAAGAUACAAACAAAGGAGCAUGGUCGAAGCAAGAAGACCAGAAGCUCAUUCAUUACAUCCAAAUCCAUGGCGAGGGUAACUGGCGUUCGCUCCCAAAAGCUGCAGGUUUGCUUCGCUGUGGGAAAAGUUGUAGACUGAGAUGGAUAAACUAUCUAAGGCCAGACAUAAAACGAGGCAACUUUGGUGAAGAUGAAGAAGACCUCAUCAUCAAGCUCCAUGCUCUCUUAGGAAACCGGUGGUCUCUGAUAGCUGGAAGAUUGCCCGGACGGACUGACAAUGAGGUGAAAAACUACUGGAAUUCUCAUAUAAGGAAAAAGCUAAUAAGCAAAGGUAUUGAUCCUCGUAAACAUACCCUCAGGCACUCCAUUAAUGUUCACCAUCAUCCUCAUCAACCACAACCUGUACCAAACUCAAACCCACAUGACACAAGGGGUAGAUUCUCUGAUUCUGCAGCUUUUGUUGAUCAUGAUAUCAACAAUGAUCAAACAUCUGAUAAAUUGCCUGAUUUGAAUCUUAAUCUCAGUCUGUCCUUAGCUAUGAACUGAAUGAAGUUAAACCCCUACUAAAUGUAUAUUAGUUACUGAUCAAUGAUCUAUAUGUAAACUGUAAAAGAUUUCUAGUUAUUGCACUUAGAAUUAUGACUAUAGAUGUAAUAAAAAGGUCAGCUCCGUGCAUGUGUCCCUGCGGAAUAUAAGAUAUACGCAACCUUACUCCUAUUACUAGUAAGGCAGUUUUUGUGACUCAAAUCCUCCAGCGCCACUCGGGACACUAACGGCAAGCCUUACAAUUGGCAUAAGUCGCUUUUUAUGACUAUGUUGUGUAAUAUAAGUUGAUAAUAUUGGGACAAGUCGCUUUUUAUGAAUAUGUUGUGUAAUGUAAACUGAUAAUAUUGGAACAAGUCGCUUUUUAUGACUAUGUUGUGUAAUGUAAAUUGAUAAUAUUGUGACAUUCUAAAA